AUGGAGAACAUGGAGAACAUGGAAAGGAUGGAGAACAUGGAGAAUGAGGAGAAUGUGGAGAACAUGGAGGUGGAGAACAUGGAGAGGAUAGAGAGGAUGGAGAAUGUGGAGAAUGAGGAGAACAUGGAGAAGAUGGAGAAUGAGGAGAACGUGGAGAACGUGGAGAAUGGGGAGAAGAUUGGAGAACAUGGAGAUGGAGGAGAACAUGGAGAAGAUGGAGAAUGGGGAGAACGUGGAGAACGUGGAGGUGGAGAACAUGGAGAGGAUGGAGAACAUGGAGAUGGAGGAGAACAUGGAGAAGAUGGAGAAUGGGGAGAACGUGGAGAACGUGGAGGAUGGGGAGACGGAGAACAUGGAAGACAUGGAGAACAUGGAGAGGAUGGAGAAUGGGGAGGAUGUGGAGGACAUGGAGGACAUGGGGAAGAUAGAGGACAUGGAGAACAUGGAGAAUGUGGAGGAUGGGGAGAAGAUGGAGAACGUGGAGGACGUGGAGAACAUGGAGAGGAUGGUGAAUGAGGAGAACAUGGAGAAGAUGGAGGACAUGGAGAACGUGGAGAUGGAGAACAUGGAGGACAUGGAGAGGAUGGAGAGGAUGGGGAAUGA